AUGGCGGCGACGCGCCGCCACCGCCUCGCCGGGUCGUCGCUUGGCCCGGUGCUCGGCGCGCCGCGCCUGUGGCAUGUGCUCCGCCAGUGCUGGCUCAUCUGCUUAGACCAGCGGGCGGAGGCGGAGCACACCAGCAUGUUGGUGACUCAGCUCCAGCAGAUGACACUGAGCGGCGGCGCGGGCUGGGCUCCUCCAGACGACGCGGGACCUGGCGGAGACGGAGAGGGGGGAGCCAGCCCGAUCGGGCCGCUGCCGCCGGGGAUACCGAUGAUGCCGGGCGUGACGGGCCCCGCCUUCCCUGGCGGCACGGCGGGCCCUUUCGGAGGAGCCUUCGCCCCGCCCGCUGCGCCGACGGCCCCGCCAGGCGCCUCGCUUCUGGGCGACCUCGGAGCUUCGGCGGGCGUCCCCAGCGCCAUGGGCGGCGGUCUGCCCGAUGGCGGCCCAGCGGCUGCAGGGGCCCAGGCUGGCGGCCCAGCGGCCGCGGUGCAGGGCGGGGCCGUGAAGGCGCAGGCCCUGGAGGUCAAGGAGCUGCUGGAGGCUUUCGGGGCGGCGAAGGCCACCGACUUCCAGUGGGUGAAGCGACUGCUGAUGGGUUUCGGCUACGUGGGCGAGCAGACGAUGACGGCGCCGCGGAAGGAGGAGAUGGCGGCGGCGCUUGAGCCGCUCGCGGCCCAGGCCGCCCUCUCCACCGCAGGAGGGCCUUGGUCUGGAGGCGCGGUGCCGAGUCUAGCCGCGGCCCAGGGCGGCGCGGAGGAGACCAGGUGGGGCCCGUCGUUGCCUGCGGACCUCCAGCGCGCUGGCCCAGAGAUCAAUCGAGCGAUUCGAGGUGAAGGAUCGACGAGUGUGCCUGACUGGAUCGCCCAGCGAUGUCAGGGCAGUCGCUCGAGCCCAGAGUGGGUCGAUCUGUGGACCCUCGCCACGUCGAUCGACUUCCGUCUGCGUGACUGCAAGAGCGGUGUGGAGCUCAUGCAGCUGCUGGCAGGCGAUGACAUGAUGGGCAAGAAUGACAAGGCUGGUCGGGACGGCGGUGCCCCGUCAGCGUCGGCCCAGGAUCAGGCCGCGCACCUCGUCGGGCCAGCGGGCGAGGUGCGGAGCGAAGCAGUGUGGGUUCCUGGGAUGCGUGACGACUCGAGCCCAACGCUGAAGCAGGUGAUCUCGGCGAGGCCAGGACAGGAGGCGCUGCUGCUGAUCACGCCGGUGUGCAAGCCUCGACAGGCGUCCAGCCGCUCCAGCAGGCUACGCCAUCGUUACAAGCGGAAGCUCGCCGUCUGGGUUCUCGCGAACGAUUACGUGCGUGGGAUCAACUCCACGGACACGGGCUCGUGCAAGGACCUCACCCGAUCCCGCCACAUGAGUGACUUAUCGGACGAGGUGCGGGGUCUGCAAGACCAAAUACAUCGGGUGGCUUUACGAGAAGCGAAACGACUGGCAGAGGCGCGCCGAGAUCUUGGUCUGACUGGCGUCCAAGCGGUGUUGGAGCUAGCUCGUGUGGAAGAGGUGGGCAAUGGCAAGCCGAUCCGUCUGUCGAGCAACGAAGCCCUGAGAGCGGCGUCGGUUGACGAGCCGAGUGUGAUUAAGUGUGUCCAGAGGCUCGACGCGCUCAGUCCGGAGGAGGCACAGUACUACAGCCUGGAGGAGAACGUAAUGGAACGCGACGACCUCAGGGGCCGGGUGCUGUUUGAGGAGCUGCAGGAGAAGUUUGGCUUCGUGGGCGGGGCCCAGCUGGAGUGCGAGCGGUACCUGGGCCGUGAGGACCUGUCACCCAACCUGUGGCACUUCGGUGGCCUGGAGGAGGCGAAGGCGAUCGCAGGCUGCAGCACGGCAGGCAAGAAGUCGGGCGAUCGGCAGAGGAAGAUCAUCAUGACGGUGGCGGCGAGCUAG